GGUGAGAAUCACACCGUCGGCGGUGCCUCCGGCUGGGACCUCCGUUCCAAUAUCCAGGCCUGGUCUUCUACCACAACGUUUAACAUCGGUGACGAUCUCGUGUUCAUAUACACGCCGGUUCACGACGUGGUGGAGGUGAACCAACUAGGUUACGACACGUGUUCGAUAGUCGGCGCUCUGGCCACGUACGACACCGGAGAAACCGUGAUCCACUUGAGCGAAGUGGGAAGCCGCUACUUCGUCUGUGGCCGAUUGGGCCACUGCCAACAGGGCCUCAAACUCCAGGUCCAAGUUCCCGGUAACGGAACCAACGACGAUCAAGACCAGCGUCCCGCCGCCGGCGCUCCUCCUCCACGUCAACCUCCGCCGCCUUCUCCGCCGCAUGUUGAUGAUCCACACCCACCUGCGGAGGAGCCCUCCCCCUGCGAUUGUUCCCGUGCUGAGGAGCCCUAUGGGCCGAAGCCGUUGUUUACUCUCGUAAUCGUCCUUGCUUGCGCUUCCGCUCGUUUCUUCAUCGCUUUUCCGCGUCUCCGUUUUCAUCUGAUGCGUUGAGCUUGCUCCCUAGCUAGCUUGCACCAGAUGUUUUAGUUUUGCCAUUCUUGUGCUUUCCUCUCACUGCAUUUAUGAAUGUGAUUAGGGUUAGUCAAUUGCUCUGUUGGUGUAUUCGAAAUUGAAUAAUGAGUUUACUCUGUGUGUGGUAACGAGGUUGCUCGCUCGCCAUGCUGUGUACAUAUAUAGGUGAAUUUGUUUGUUGAGACGCAGGGUAUGUACUUUUCUUUCUUGUAAUGCUCUGCACAGUGCAAUCUCAAUGUGGGUAUUUUCUCUGCGGUUUAAA